AUGGCUGAAAUAACAACCACUUCAAACGCAAGUUUAUUAAUUUGUUCUUGUUAUCGUUCACCAAACUCAGAUCAUAGCUUGUUGGACAAGUUCAAUAACUUUAUGAGUGAUGUUUGUUCACAACACUCAAACAUUGUGCUUGCAGGAGAUUUCAAUAUGCCACGUAUAUCAUGGGACUCGCCAGAGAAAACAUCAGGUAGUAACGAAAAUACCUUCGUAAAACUGCUCCAUGACCAUUUCUUGGAACAACUAAACACCGCGCCUACUAGAGGUAAUAACACGUUAGAUCUCGUUCUAACCAAUAUUCCCAACAAAGUCAAAAUAUGUGAAAUUUUGUCUCCCACUCAAGCAGAACUUUUCACCGACCACAAAAUUAUUGUGUUUGAACUUUCAAUGUGUCAUAAUCAACUACCAAAGAUACGCAGAACUGUCUAUAAUUAUCGUCAAGGUGAUUUUGCUGGCUUGCGAACUUCCCUUGAAUGUCUAAAUCUGGAUUCCCUGAUUACAACCGACGACAAUAUCAACCACGACUGGCAACAAUGGAAGAAGGCGUUCCUAGAAGCAGUAUCCCAACACAUACCAUCAGUGAGAGUAAAGGGUCGCAACUAUGUACCGUGGAUGAAUUCUACAAUUCUACACAACAUCAAGAAGAAAAACUCCCUCCGCCUCAGAAUUAAGAAAUCCCCUACACCUACUGAAUAUCUCCUGGAAAAAUUCAAAACCCUUCGUAGUUCCAUCAAGAGUAUGUUACGUAACAGUCGCUCCAAAUAUUUCGACUCUAUUUGUUCCAGCCGUGGACUUAAUCCCAAACGCUUCUGGUCCCUGUUCAAGUUCAAUAAUAAGACACGGAACAUUAAUUCCUCAAAAGCUCUCGGUGAAAGUAACUGAAACCAAAAGAACAUCCGCAGGAAAUCCAGCAGAUAUUGCUGCGCUGUUCAACAACUACUUCACAUCUAUAUUUACCACCGAUACAAAUAUCGAAAACUACAGCUCUGACGCUCUUCCAUAUCAGUCUAACAAUACUAUCAUCGAGGACAUUACCCUUUCGGAAGCCGAUGUUUUCUCCGUAUUGCAUAACCUCGACAUUAACAAAGCCCAAGGUCCAGAUGGGAUUCCUGCACGAUUAUUAAAAGAAACAGCUCGCCAAAUUGCUCCAUCACUAACCGCCUUGUUUAAUAAAUCUCUGAACACUGGUGUGUUACCACGCGACUGGAAACUAGCAAAUGUUGUUCCCGUUCACAAAAAAGACAACAAAGAGCAC